UAAAAAAAAUACUUAAAUUUUGACAAGUGACAUUCUGACAUUACAGUUGUCAAAUAUGUUGGAAAAAAAUAUAAAAUAAUGAUUAAAUCUCGUAAAAGAAGUGAAAUGUGAUUGAAAUAUCUGAAAAUUUUUGAUGUGUUGUUGCGGUUAAUUAAUCCAAUGUCUUCUUUUGUUGUUUUGAUUGUGUUUUUUUACCUAACCUCUAUUGUAACAACUAAUGAAAUGAUUUAUGUAAAUAACCGGCAUUUGCUGAAUGUGAUACCCAUUCAGAAUGAUGGAAAAAAGGCAGAAGUCAGUAAAGCAGAAGAAACCAAGGAUAAUGUAGAAACAGUACACGUAAAAAAUGAAGCAAAAGUUGAGCCCCAACUUGUCAAACCUCAAGAGGCGCCUCAUCCUGACCCCAAGAAAACAAUUGUGAACAAAACAUCCGAACAAAAUCAAACAAAAAUUGAAGAUCACAAAGUUUUCAAAUCAACAGAAAUGGAAUCUGGUGCCCUUUUGCGGGGUGUUUCCGUUAUUGUGAUUUUAACAGCAUUAGUAAUUGUUUACAUGGCCUUGAAGACUUAUUGCGGUAAAAAAAGCAAACAACCUGUGAUGGUAAGUAAAUACGGUGUGAGGACACGACGCAGUGAUAUAGAGAUGACACCUCUUCCACUUGAUGAGGAUGAAGAAGACGAGACUUUGUUUGAACUUCACAAUACGAAUCGAUAAUAUUUAAUUAUUUUUUGUUGUAAAUACCUAAUAUUUUUGUAUGAACUAACCUAUUAAAUAUGUAUUUUUUUCCAAAA